AUGGUAUAUGCCAUCAACAGUGAGUUGAAGCAGGAGGAUGACAAGUUGAAGGUCAUCUUCAACUACUUAGGAACUGUUGGAAAUUUAAAAAGUAUUGGAUACGAAGCAGAACUUGACCACUGCCACACCAAUGGAGGGUACUGUGUCAGAGCCAUUUGUCCUCCUUCUGCCAGGCGUCCUGGGAGCUGUUUCCCAGAGAAGGUCCCCUGUUGCAAGUACAUGAAAUGA